UAUAGUAUAUGUAUAUAUAUAUAUAUAUAUAUAUAUUUUUUCUGAAAGAAUUUUCUUAGGUUAAAGAAAUAAUAUAUACAAAAUUGUAUAGACAAAUAUAUUAGAAUUUUUAUUUUUACGAUUUUCAAUAAUAUUUUAAAUAAUAUUUUAAUAUAAAGAUUUAAUAUUAUAAAGUAUUUAGCAAAUUAUAUAGUAUUUAAGAAAUAUUUAUUAUGAAUCACUUCAAAUGCAUUUUAGAUAGGACUUCACGAUGUGAGUUAAGAAGAUUACAGUCUUCGUUGUCAGUAUCAAACUCUAAAAUUCAAAUACCUGCUAGAAUAAAACGUGAUCCUACUGAUAUUUUACAUGCUCUUGAGAGCACUAUAGUUAAAGAUUCUAGUUUACAUAUAAUGAAAGAUUAUUUAUAUCAUGAUGAUCCUUAUUUACUUCCAUCAAAAAAAUUGGAUUAUCGUCUUUAUGCAUUAUCAUAUGAAUCAGGUAAAAAAACUGCAAUGUGGAUUCAUAAUGAACAUAGCAAUUUAUUUCCAAAACAUCUUUCAAAUCCAGAAAUUGAGACAUUUAAACCAUUUUAUACUGAUAAAAAUCAAGUAUCAGAAGAAAUAUUAUUAUCUGCUAUAUCUCAAUGUAAAGUGUCUAAUGCUUUACAUAUCUAUAAGUUAUUAGAUACUAAUGUUUCUAAUGGAACAAAACAAGCACUUUUAGAAUUAUUAUGUUUUUUUAACAAUAAAGAAUGGGUAGUUAAAAAUUUGAAAUUUGAACAAUGGUUUUCUUCAUCCAAAAAAAAUUAUAUUUGGAAAUAUGAAUUAGAAAUUAAUGAAUUAUUUAAUUUUUUAAAAAAUCAAGAUGAUCCAACAGCAGCAGCUGCUUAUAAUAUUAUGCUAUGUGGUUUAAUAAAAUAUUUAAAAGUAAAUGAAGCUUGGGAAUUAUACGAAGAAUGCAAAAAAAAAAAUAUUCCAUUCAAUCUUACUACUUGGAAUAAUAUAAUAAUAUUAUUUUCAAAAGUUUUUAAUAAAAGAAAAGUAAAAAUUGAAAUGGAACAUGUACUUAAAAUUCUUGAAUCAAUGAAUGAGGACGAAAUUAAACCAAAUAUUCAAACAUUAAAUGCUCUUCUUAAAAUGAUUAUUGAAUUAAAAAUAGACAAUUUUAAAGAUGUUAUUAAAUAUUUAAUUAUAGAAUUCAAAAAUAUGAACAUAAAAUUUUCAUUAGGGACAUAUUAUUAUAUUAUGCUAGGAUUUACAAUUUACGAUCACAAUUCAUAUGAUAAUUUCAUACAUAUUCUAUAUACAAUAAAAAAUAAAAAAUUUACCAUUCAAGAUUCAGCAGAUACUAAAUUUUUUAAACAUGCUAUGUAUUUAGCUCAUAAAUAUAAUAAUAAAGAAGCUGGUAAUAUGAUUCAUGAAAUUCUUCUUAAAGAAGAUAAUUAUAAAUUUAUUUCUACAGCAAUAAUAGAAAGUGAUUAUUAUAAUGCAUAUAUAUUGUUAUUAUUAUCAACAAGCACAAUUGAGGAAUUCUUUAACUCUUACGAAAAACUUGUUCCAAAUUUAUAUGUGCCAACAAAACAACUCUUAGUGGAUAUAAUAAAUGAAAUGCAAUACUGUGAUCCAUCCGUUUUAGUAAAAUAUAUACCGAGAUUAUGGUCAGAUGUAAAUACCUUCUGUCAUAUGGAAUUUUCAAUAAAACUUAUUAUAAUAAGUUUAAUGAAAAAUAAUAUGUUAUUAGUUAAUUCAUCUUUAAAAAAAAUUUUUACAAAUGCAGCAUGGAAUUGUUGGAAUGAUAUGAAGAAACAAAUCAAGUUAAAAGGAAAAAUAAAUAGUAUAAUUAAAACUAACUUGGUAGCUAAUUUAGCAAUAAUAUUAUUACACAAUGAUUUUGUGAAAGAAAGCAUCGAAAUUCUGACAUUUAUUAAUAAAUUAGAUUUAUUUGUUUCAAUGAUGAAUAGAAAUCAAAUAAAUGAAUUAUUUGAUAAAUAUAUUUCAAUACAAUGUAUUAAAGGAUGUUUUCUCAUUCUUGAGUACUGUGUAAACUCAGGAUUUACAAAUAUCAACCCAAUGAUUAUGAAAUUGCAUAAUCUUCCAGAAUUUACGAACGAUGAUCGUGACAAAUUGAUUAAUUUAGUGGGAAAGGAAAUUUUAUACAUGUUGGAUACAAAACAAUUAAAUUAAUCAAUUAAAUUAAAUUAUAUAUAAAAAGAAAAUAUUUAUAACAUUAUUUAUAACAUAUUUUUUUUUGCUUCUACAAUUAAGUCAAAAAAUACCAUUAUAUAAAACUUAUAAUAUUUAUUAUCAUUCUCUAUUAAAUUUUUAUUUCUUUGUAUAAAAAUUUCAAUCAAUUUGUCAUUCAAAGAAUUGAAAUUAUAUGCAUGAUUGGUAUGUAUUAAUGUCCUUGCCCCCCUAACUAGGGUACUUACGAUUAAUAAAUUAAUGUAUGUAUGUA